CUUUAGCUUCUCACUCGGUCAAGAUGUAGCAUGCCGGUGGAGCUGCGGCAGGCUCUGCCCCCAACUCUGUACACGGCCGAGUGGCUCAGAACGACAUCAGACCGGGGCUUAUUUGUCUGCUACUGUUUUAUUGAUGAGGGUUUUCUACUACGAAUACAGGCGCCCCUAACCUUGCCUGUAAAUAAUUCAACUGCCGGGAAAGGAAGACUGGAGAAACGAGACAAAAAUAACUGCUGUGCUGUUGAGUGACAGGGCGGGGCUGCGUGAGCCUCCAGGCACCGUAACAGAAGGAGCCAGAGUAACAGGUCUGACUAGGGAACCUCUGCCGCCCAUGGCGUAACUCCAGGAGGGAGGAGAGACCCGAGCCCCAACCCCUAGCAGUUUCUGCAGUGUGGCCGUGCCUCGCCGUGCUACUGUCUCACCCCGCUGUGAUAUCCCACAGGCGGCCCGGAACCAUGCCGGCCCUGGCCUCCGGAUCUGGAAAUGACUCAGGUCUGUAUGAGCUGCUGUCUGCCCUGCCCUCCCAGUUGCAGCCCCAUGUCCAGAGUCAGGAGGACCGUAUCUUCCUACACAACAUGUUCACGGAGAAGAGCCUCCAGUCACUGUUCAAGAUCCAUGAAAGGUUGCAACAUUACGAGGACCGUAGUCCUGCCCCCGUCCUGGACAGCGCUGGCUCCCUGGCCACUGAUCUGUCUGAGGAGCUGCAUGGUCGAAGUGCCAGUGGAGACACCAGAGAGCUGCUCAAACUACUGGCUAAACCCCACAUUAAGAGCCUUCUGUCCGUCCACGACACAGUGGCCCAGAAGAGUUAUGACCCUGAGUUGCCUCCGCUACCCGAUGACAUCGACGACGACGAGGAUUCGGUGAAGAUCAUACGCCUGGUCAAGAACAAGGAGCCUCUGGGAGCAACAAUAAAGCGUGAUGAGCAAACAGGAGCCAUACUUGUUGCCAGGAUCAUGAGAGGUGGAGCAGCAGACCGAAGCGGUCUGAUCCAUGUAGGGGACGAGCUGAGGGAAGUCAACGGGAUUCCAGUGGAUGACAAGAAGCCUGAUGAAAUCAUCCACAUUCUGGCCAAGUCCCAAGGAGCCAUUACAUUUAAAAUAAUACCAGGCAUCAAAGACGAGGCGCCGAGCAAGGAGCCCAAGAUGUUUGUGAGGACACUUUUUGACUAUGACCCAGCAGAGGACAAAGCCAUCCCCUGUAAGGAGGCUGGCCUGUCCUUCAAGAAGGGAGAUAUCCUUCAGAUCAUGAGCCAGGAUGAUGCAACCUGGUGGCAGGCCAAACAGAACGGCCAUGCCAACCCACGCGCUGGCCUCAUACCCUCCAAACAGUUCCAGGAGAGGAGAUUUGCGCUGCGUCGGCCUGCCGCCCAUGUUCUUCAGCCCAACAAGAUCUCCAACAGAAGAUUAUACGAUACAGCACUUGAGUUUGCACCGUUUGAAGCUGAGGAAAUAGAAGAGGACGGUCUCAAUUUAAGCGGACUACACUUAGCCGGGUUUCGCCGAAGCUUCCGUCUCAGCAGACGAGACAAGAAGACCAACAAGUCGAUGUACGAGUGUAAAAAGAGUGAUCAGUACGACAUGGCCGACGUGCCCACCUAUGAGGAGGUGACCGCUUACCGCCGGCAGAGUGGGGCCAAGCACAGGCUGGUGAUCCUCGUUGGUCCCACAGGGGUUGGUCUGAACGAGCUUAAGAGGAAGCUGCUGAUCUCUGACCCUCAACACUUCAGUGUGACCGUGCCCCACACCAGCAGGCCGAAGAGGAACCAGGAGAGUGAAGGGGUGGAGUAUCACUUCAUCUCCAAAAGUAUCUUCGAGACGGACAUCCACAGCAACAAGUUUGUGGAGCAUGGGGAAUAUAAAGGGAACUACUAUGGGACAAGUCUGGACUCGGUGCGUUCUGUCCUGUCCAAGAACAAGGUGUGCCUAUUGGACGUUCAGCCUCAUACUGUAAAGCACCUGAGGACGGCGGAGUUCAAGCCCUACGUGGUCUUCGUCAAGCCUCCGUCCAUAGAGCGCCUACGGGAGACCAGGAGGAACGCCAAGGUCAUCUCAGACAAGGACGACAGGGGAUCCGCCAAGUCAUUCUCAGAGGACGACUUCCUGGAGAUGGUAAGCACUGCCCAGCAGAUGGAGACCCAGUACGGCCACUUGUUUGAGAAAGUGAUCAUUAACGACGACCUGACAGUGGCAUUCAGUGAGCUGAAGACGUCUCUGAAGAAGGUGGAGACAGAAACACACUGGGUCCCCAUCAGCUGGACUCACUCCUGAGAGUCACAGAGGGAAAGAGACAAAUAGUUGAGAAAGAAGAUGAGGGGAAAAGGGAUUGACUUCUAACAAAGUUGGUUGUAUGCACACGUGUGCUGUUUGGGUGGACUGUAACACAAUUGGACAGCCGGGUGGACUGAUUUUAUGUGUCCAAAAUGGCACUCUAUUCCCCAUAUAGUGAACUACUUGGAAAGUUGUUUACAAAACUAGUGCACAGUGUAGGGAAUUCAGUUUCGUUGAGAUCAGAUCGCUGUGGCUGGAAUAGCCAAUCAGGGCUGUGUAAGAACCUUCUGUAACUACAGGCUCUUUUAGUGUUUUUAACUUAGUUUAUAGAAACUAAAGAUAUCUGUAUUUUUCUGGGUAGAUAUUGAGGGAUUUCAUUUAUGUAUAAAAAUGCACAUCAUCAAAGAGAAAAAUGGGAGGGGAAUGAAAAACUAAAUGUUGCCUUUAUGUCUUAAACUCUCUGUUCUUUAUGUUGUGCACUAAUUUUGACCAAAGCCCAGUUGGGAUUGGUCAAAAGUAGUGAAAUAUAGUGGACCUGUUGUCAUUGUGGACGCACCCUCAAACUUCGAUAACGUUUUUCCUCUUGCUUUUUAACACUUUUGUAGACUGUUACACCAAGAUGACAAAACAGGUACAGUGCACUCAGAAAAAGGGCAAGAACAGGUGUAAUUUUAUUUAAGAUAAAUUAAUAUAUUUUAAUAUGUCUCUGGCUGUUUUACAUACGGUAGCUUUUUAUAUACAAUUGAUCUACAGCAUUGGUAUCUAUAUCAUAACUUGAGGUGAUUCUUAAAAAGCAACUUCUUCGAAUGUAUUGUUAUUCUAUUUUUUACAAAAAAAUCUGUUUUGUGUAAUCUAGUUGUACCUACAACUUCCAAAGUGCACAGGAGAGUUGAAGAUCGCAGUGUCCACGCCCGACAUUCUGUUGUAUUUUUUUUACACACUGAAACCAGGACAGAUCCACCAGAGUGAGUUGCGAGGGCUUGAUGGAGAAAUCUCUGGUGACACAACCCCAAGCCACAUGUGACGCUUGGCCAAUGUCCAUCACCCCAUGGAGCUUCCAGCCACUUCAGCUUUACUGUGGUGAACAGUUUGGCAUCUCAGGCCUCAGACAGUAUUGUUGUCGCACCUCAGGUUCUCCAUACCCUCCUGACACGGUUGUCUUAUUUUUAUUUUACUUAAUUUAUGGAAGCCUCUUCCCUAUAUAGUGCUCUACGUUUGAUCAGAGUCAAUGUCUUAGACCAAAAUGAGUGCACUAUAUAGGUAACAGGUUUCCAUGUUGGACAAAACCUAGGUGUUUUAUAAUAGUAUUUAGGAGCUAUUUUAAAUGGGAAACCCCCUACCUUGCCCAAAUCGUGACAGUGCCCGGGCAACAGUUUGCUACUUAAACUACCAGACUUUGGCUCGCCAGCUGUAACUAAAAUGUUCUCAAUGUAGUAUAAUUAGGAUGGAGUGCAGUAAGCGUUGCUUUUCUCUCGUAAAACAGGCCUAAAACAAGGAACCUAAUAGAGCUAGUAGAUUUACAAUGGACAGAAAUACAAAGUAGCUGCUUCUAACUUAACAAGGUUCAGGUUAUAUUGAGAGAGGGUACAAUUGCUACUUAUUUGUAGUAUCCCCCCCCCCAACCCUCUUUUGAACUCCCUCCUCAUGGCUGCCAGUCCUUCUGACCUGUGCUGCCAUUCUAUAUUCAGUGUUUCAGUAUUCAGGUUUACUGGUUAGGUUAUGCUAGAGCUGGGGUUGGCAUCCUGUUUUUAGAGUCAUGCAGAUAAAACUGGGAAUUUGGGGAGUUUUGCAGCCCUAAUGAUGUGUGAUGUUCAAAGCCUCUAAAACAAUAAAGAGGUUAAUCAGGUUAAA